AAAACAGCGAAGCCCUCCUAUCUUCUUUUGUUAUUUAUCUCAUCAUUAUUCUCGCCCUCUUCCUGCAGAAAGCACGUACUGUACUGCAUAUCCUGUCGUCCGUAUCAUACUACUCGAGUAGAUUCCUCAUAUCGUUCGUCAUCUAGGCAACUGGCCUUCCUCGUGGGAAUAACCUCUCCCACUCUCAUCCUCACCACCUUCCUCUCUUCAUUCACACUCCUCAUCUUCCCUCUCUUACUCAUCACGCAGCUCACUUUUGACUGACCUGUUUUUUUUUUUUUUGCAAACCUCCUGCUGUCUGCUGAUUUUGACUCUGCUCCGCGACAAAUCGGAAGCUAAGCCCCCCCACUUCAUAGUGAAAGGCACCAGCGUAUGCAAUGUCAAACGACGCACACAAUCCUGCUACCCUCAUCUCGUACAUGGGCUCUACGAGAAAUGGCAGAUGCGGCUACUGCACGAAAUCCACAAGCUGUUCCUUCUACCUUAGGUCUUAUGAUUUGACUGUUACCGAUUACCAAACACUCCUUGACCGUGGCUGGAGACGGAGCGGUACUUUGUUGUAUAAGCCGCAUAUGACGCUUAGUUGUUGUCCACAGUACACUAUUCGAGUAGAUGCUACCACAAUUAAAACUUCCAGAGACCAGCGCCAAACCCUUCAUAAAUGGUCGAGAUAUAUCCUCGGUGAAGGUUAUAUUCAAGAAUGUGCGAAGAGAUAUCCAAAGUCUAAAGAGGAAAAAAGGAGGCAACAAUCGGAAUUUAACCUCAUUGAGACUGUGCAUGGACCAGAAUAUUCUACCCUUCAGGGGCUGAAGAGAAUUCCCCCAGAGCCUGCCCACAAGUUCGAAGUUGAACUAGAGUCAACGGUCUUUACCGAGGAGAAAUAUGAGUUAUAUGAGAACUACCAACGAACUGUUCACCAGGAGCCCGCCUGGCAAAUCACUCGAAGUGGUUUCGUGAACUUUCUCUGCAGGUCACCUAUCAUGAGCACUACCACACCCUCCGGAAUGAGGCUGGGAUCCUAUCAUCAAUGUUAUCGCGUUGAUGGUCGGUUGGUCGCAAUGGGUGUUUUGGAUUUGCUUCCGCACUGUGUAAGCGGUGUGUAUUUCAUGUACCACGGAGACUACCGCGCAUGGGGUUUUGGAAAGCUGAGUGCUUGUCGGGAGGCCGCCCUGGCCAGAGAGGGAGGUUACCAGUACUACUACAUGGGCUUCUACAUUCAUAGUUGCCCGAAAAUGUGGUACAAGAGGGAGUAUGGGCCGUGCCACCUUUUAGAUCCAGAGACAUAUGCUUGGAAUUUGUUCGAUAAAAACUUGGAGAGAUUGCUGGACAAGCAUGGGUAUGUUGGAGCGUCAACAAUUCGCUCUCAUGGGGCCACGGGGGGGGAUGACAUUCCUGAGAAGGCUCCUGGCUCGACCCCAUCGGGGGACAUGACUGAGGCAGGAGGUCAGGAUGAAAGCGAAGAAGAGGACGAAGAAGAAGUUCCCCCAGGGUUUGUUUUCAGCACAAAAAUGCCCGGGAUAAUGACAAAACAAGAAAUCGAGGACUUCGAUGUUCGAACCCUCAAAUUCCAGCUGGGAGACUCGAAGAUAACUACAAAGGAGCUCGAGGAGUUAGAUCUAGCUACCUACAUAGAUGUAGGUACUGAGGUUCUAGCUACAGUUGGCCCGGAUGUUGCAAAGUCAAUGGUCCUGUCCAUUGUGUGAGGUAUACAGAACAAGGCAGGUGUAAAAGUUCGCAGGGUUGAUUGCUGUAUCGGUUUUUGGUUU